AGAACUUGGACAAAGGAAAGUGUAAUAGUUUCAUAUUUGAGAGAUGUGAAAAUGCCAGCAGUUGAGAGUGAAGCCAAGGCAAAAACUAAAGUUCAUUUUGAAGAAAUAUUCAGGAAUCAUGCUGGCCUAAUUGAGAAAAAGAAAAUUAAAAAGAAACAGUUAAGCAUCCCAGAGAAUAUUGUGCUUGAGACAUUAAAAAAUCAUCUGAGCAAAGGAAGUGAAAAUGAGCCAAUUAUAAACAGCACAUAUAACCCUGAGGAAAGUAGUCCACGGAUUCCAAAAAAUGCAUUCAGAGAUAAAGCAUCAGUUGAAGAAAAAAAUGAUGUUGUUAGUGGAGAGGAAAGCAAGCAAGUUAUGCUUAAGAAGAAGAAAAAGACAGCCUUACAGAAACAACUUAAUGAGGAAGAAAAGGUAUCUGAAACUAAGUUAGACAGUUCUGAAAAACAGAUUCAAGUUUUUACAAAGAAAAAAACAGAAAGUGUAUUGCGGGCAGAUGCGAUUCAUCAGAAAGGUGAAAGCAAUAUAAAAGGUGCCUUGAAUGGACGCCGAGAUAGAUCUGAAUUAGAUGAGGAAGAAGAACAGUUAAUUCAAGCCUAUGAACAGCAAGUGGCUGAGGAAGAAGCAAAUGCAAUUAAGAAAAGAAUAAAAAAGAAACUUAAAGAACAGAUGUCUGAAUUCAUUCCCAACAUUCAAAGCCAUGAAAUAGUAUUGGACAAUGAAGUGAGAAAAAAGAAGAAAAAGAAAAAAGUACUGGUUUCUUCUGAAUCUCAAACAAGUGCAAUGUCACUCUCUGAAUUACAACAUGAGCCAGAGGAAGAAAAUACCAGGAAAAAGAGAUCUUUGGAAAGACCACUUAUAUCCAAAUCUAAAGAAAAUGACCUAUUAAUAGAGCAGAAAACUGAAGGCAAAAAAGCAAAAAGAAAAUCCCCAAAAGCUGUAGAAGAAAAUACAGAAAACAUUAAAGAAAAUACUUUACAUAUGACUGAUGGAAGUCUUUCACCAGAAUCAAAACCGGGUUUUGAUGAUAACCUUGUUUUAGGGGUUUACAUCCAUCGAACUGAUCGACUUAAAACUGAUCUUAUGGUAUCCCAUCCAAUGGUUAAGGUUCAUGUGAUUGAUGAGAAAACUGGUUUAUAUGUGAAGAAAGAGAAUAGCAGUCGACAAGUUUCAUCCUUCUAUGAACAAGAGAAAGUGGGGCAUAUUCUUCCUAUUAUGACCCAGCCUUACGAUUUCAGACAGUUUAAAUCAACACUUCCAGAAUGGGAAGAGCAAAUCCUAUUUAAUGAACGUUUUAACUAUUUUCUCCAAGAUGCUGAAGGAAGCCCCAAAGUAAUUCUGUUUUUUGAGAUCCUUGAUUUUUUGAGCAUGAAUGAUGCAAAGGCCAACUUUGAUAUUCAAGCUCAGGAAAGUGGCUUUCGGAAAAUCUGUUGGGCAUUUCUAAAGCUUGUUGGUGCAAAUGGAGUUCUGAACAUUGGUGGAAAAGUACGUCUUCAGUUGUAUUCUCCUCCUCCAAGGACCAGGUCACAACUUCAUGCUGUGGAAGUUUAUGACUGGUGGGCAAAGUGUCCUAGAAACAAUUACCCUUCAACACUGUAUGUGACUGUAAAAGGCAUUAAACUUCCUGAUCAUGUAGACCCUUCUUUGCGGUCUAUGAUGGCUAUUCAGCAAGAAUAUCAUAGCCCAUCGUUCUUGGAUCUACAAAACGAUAUAGCCAAAACAGUAUUGAAUUCUGGAACUCAAGUGAAAAAGGAAGAACCAUUUAAGUGGUCAAAACUUCCUGGACAGGUGUGUCGACUGCCAAACAAGUAUCUCUUUUCCUUGAAAGCAGGCAAUAUGGGAUGUUUCUGUAUUUGUUUCUCUAAAGAUGGACGAACAUUAGCCGCAGGUUGUGCAGGAAGAGAUGGUUAUCCUGUUGUUUUGUAUGAGAUUCCUUCAGGGUGCUACCUAAGGGAAUUCUAUGGACAUCUGAACAUUGUGUAUGAUCUUUGUUGGUCAAAGGAUAAUCAGCAUCUUCUUACUGCUUCCUCAGAUGGCACUGCAAGAAUGUGGAAAAUUGAAGCCCAGGCUACAUCAGCAACCAAAGUUUUCCCACAUCCUUCAUUUGUCUAUGCUGCAAAAUUUCACCCAGUAGCUGAGUACCUCAUUGUAACUGGAUGUUACGACUCUGUGAUUAGAGUCUGGAAUGCAAAAGUAAAUGAAAUUCAUGGGCAGCUUUUACAAGAGUUUGAUGGUCACAAAGGUUUUAUCAAUACGUUGUGUUUUGAUGCUGAAGGAUUUCACAUGUUUUCUGGAGAUGGCACAGGGCUAAUAAUUAUCUGGAAUACUUUUGUUAAAGAAAAUUCUCAGUCACUAAUUCAACACUGGGGCAUUGAUAAGGAAAUAAAAGAUGGUGACAUUAAAGGAACACCAGUCAAUCAUUUGGAGGUACAUCCCAAUGGAAGGCGUUUACUGAUCCACGCCAAGGAUAGUACUGUAAGAAUUAUGGAUCUCCGAAUCUUAGCUACAAAGAAAUAUAUUGGUGCUACAAACUAUCGAGAAAAAAUUCGCAGCACCUUAACACCAUGUGGAACAUUUCUUUUUUCUGGAAGUGAAGAUGGUAUAGCGUACGUUUGGAAUUUAGAAACAGGUGAUCAAGUAGCCAUGUAUUCUGAUCUUUCUUUCACUUCCCCACUUCGUGAUGUUGCUUUCCAUCCACUUGAACAUAUGGUGGCAUUUUGUGCCUUUGGUGAAAACCAGCCAAUCCUUGUGUACAUUUAUGAUUAUAAAGUUGCCAAGCAGGGAACUGAGGCAGUAAAGGAAUUGAUGGGAUCACAGCUAACCAAAUCCUCCAGAAGCCCACAAAUUCUCAGCAUUUCUGCCAGUGUUCCUGCACAGAAAAAUUUGAUAAUGUCUUCUGCUGACCAGUUUGCAGAUGUUGCAAGAACAUCAAUGAGGAUGCAAAAAAUCAAACAAAAGCUGGAUUCUGUUAUGGCAGCCAUUUAUUGGAGCUGUGAAUUAUUCUUAUGGUUGAUACAUGUUUGUGAAUUAUGAAUAAGAACAUUAGAUUCU